GAGGAAAACAGAAAUUCAAAAUGGCGUAGUGUUGUGAAGUUGUUCACAAAUUUUCCUACGUAACAUUUAAGUCUACUAUAUCUGCAUUUAUUUUUUGUGGAUAUCGAAAAUGGGAAAGUCAUUCGCAAAUUUUAUGUGUAAAAAGGAUUUUCAUCCUGCUUCAUAUGCUAACGUAAAACGGGUAUGGAUGAGAGAGCAGAAAAUUGAGCAUGAAACUAAACAACAGGAGGAAUUAAAAAGAGAAUACGAAAAAGAACAAGACUUGUACAAAAAUCGACUACUACUGAGUGAUGAAAAAGUAAAACAUGGAUUGAAUUUUAUGUAUGAGCCGCCAAAAGGAGUGAAGAAAGACAAAGUAAGAGAAGAUGACGAACCUGAAUAUAAGUUUGAAUGGCAGAGAGGAGCUCCGAGACAAGCCUAUGCAAAAGAAUUGGACAUCCGUGAUCAACCAUUUGGUAUCCAAGUUCGAAAUGUGAAAUGUAUCAAGUGUCAUAAAUGGGGCCACGUAAACACUGACAAAGAGUGUCCAUUAUUCAACAAAUCUGCUACCUACGACCUAGCGGGUCCUUCUUCCAAUCCAGCUGAACUAAUGAGUGAUAUGGAAAAAGAAGGGCUGAAACUGAAACAGAGUGUACUUGGCAGAAGAGUAGAUCUAGCAGCUACUAAUCAGCAACUACUUGGGAGUGAUGAUGAAGAGGACCCAGAAGUCACAUUUUUGAAAUCACUGACUACAAAACAGAAAAAGAAACUCCUCAGGUUUGUGCAAGUAUUGUAA